GCGCAUUAUUAUGAAAACACCUUUCAGAAGCAGAAGCUGUGAAUUAUGAAGCUGCUUCUUACCCUCCUGCUUCUCAGCAUCUUUGAAAUCGCUACAUGUCAUAUCCUUAAACCGUUCCUCGAAGUUUUCUGCGAGGUGUGCCCCUACUUCUUUAAACUGUCUCGUAAGAAAAAGGUUGACUUCAAGGACAUACAAAAUGAAUGCAAGAAUGGCAAAAUAAAAGGAUCCUGCGCGCAACUUGAAUAUUACAGGGAGUCUAUCAAGAAAAGUUAUAGAGAAAAGAUGAAGAACCUUACAUGGAGAGAAGCCUGCAAGAAGUUUGCCUGCUGGAUUCGAAGAUAAAUGCUUUACCUUCCGAAAAUAAAUGUUGAG